CGCACACACACAUGCAAGCAUGCACACACAUUAGCCCAGACAAGGGCCCUGGUGGACAACACCACGCAAUAACUCCGUGGUCCUACAAUUUUUCUGAAACUUCCAGAUGUAAAUUCAGUAAACUGAAUUAGGCUAAACUAAGUUCCCCGGACGGGCAUAAGUGGGGAACUUGACAUUACACUAAUUUGUCCGAACAACAGUAGUCUAUCGGCUUUAGACGAGGUCAGUUUCACGGAGUGACUGUUUUGUGGCACUGAUCCCACGGCGUUAAUGAAGACUUCGAAAGAAUCAUGCGCUUUUCCCGUGGUCGCAGCGCGCAGUCACUGUGGCUCGUAUUUCUGCGAGCAUUUGUCAUGGGGGCUGCACCGACCCCUGCUUUAACCGCGGAGUGCCCAAACCGAUGUUCUUGCGACAACCAGCUUGCGGUUCAGUGCGUGGGUCAGGACCUAACUUACUUUCCUCCGGAUUUUCCACUCGCCACCAGGCAGCUUCUCCUUUCCAACAACCGUAUUGCGGAGUUGCCGGCGGUAAUACUCAACUACUUGUCCGACUUGGUGUUUCUAGACUGCAGUAACAACACUCUCUCUGAGAUCUCAGAAUCUACCUUUGGAAACCUCCGCAAACUGGCUUACCUGGAUCUCUCCUUCAACGCCCUGGCACAAAUCGAUGGAAGGACGUUCGGACCAUUGGUAAGUCUUGUGAUGCUCAAGUUGACGGACAACCUUGGACUGUCCGAGAUCCACCCUGACGCCUUGUCGGAGAACACAGCGCUACAGGUACUAGACGUCAGCCGGAACAACCUGACGUCUCUCAACAUCAGCUCCCUCAUCUUGCUACCAUCCCUCCGCUCCAUCGCCCUCAGCGGGAAUCCCUGGCGCUGCGAUUGUGACACCGAGGACCUUUGUCUGUGGAUGCAGAUCGAAGGGUCCAGGUUUCAAGACGAGGGGAAGACGGUGUGCCAGGGGCCCCCGGACAUGGAAGGCCGGUGGCUGUCGGAAGUGGGCAUGCAGUUGCGGACGGAUUGCCACCAGAGACUGGGCUACCAGGAUUAUAUCUUCCUCACUUCUGUUGGUUUCCUCAUCUUCUCUGCUGGCACGGUGUCGGCCUGGGUGAUGGGUGUGCUUAUGGUUCUGUACGAGCGCUACAACAAGAAUGCCAAUGGGCAUGAGGAUGAGGAUGAGGAGGAGGGAGGAGUCACUCACGGCAAUGGGGACCUCAGUAAGCCUGGCGUGAAGGUGUGAAGGCGUGUUCUGUGGUCUGGAAGUGUGGUCGCCGACACGACAGGGUGAAUACACAUGUAUUCACCCUGUUGACAUGCAGAGGCACCAGGAGCUGGAUAACAGCGAGCUUUAGUGUCUAUAGGCAGGUUAUUGCUGUUGAAGUGUGCUUUAGUGUUUGAUAAAUUAGGAAAAGCAAACCACGGUGUAAGACCCUCUACUAAGAAACGAUCACUGGAUUAGGUGUGGGUAUAUCCCUAUGGUGCACUCUAAAAGGUAAUAUUUCUGGCUGGUCAGCACUGGGUCUGAAAAUGAACUUUCAGAAACAUGUGGAUGUGAGAUUAAGGCCUUAAAGGUUGUACAGUAUAUAUCAUUAGAAAAAAGUGAAGCUUUAACCAAUUUUACACCUUAAUAAAUAAAUAAAAUAAAUCUAUUUACUAAUGAACAUUUGUGAAGGGGUAGUGGCUGUGUUGUAUUUCAUUGAAGGAACAGCACAACUGGAGUUUUCAUUAAAAUAAGGUCUUGUCCAGAGAAGUAACUUACAUUAAGUUAAUAUAUUUUGCAAUGCAUUGUGAAAGUCAAUA